AUGAGUUUAAGAAAUUCAAACAACUCAGAAAAUUUCAUUGUAUUUGGAACAGCCUUCCCACAACAGACAGAAACUGAUAGGCGUGCAGGCCGAUCAGACAGUGGACAGUUCGUUCCCGUCUGGAAACAAGAAGCAAGAGAUGAAAAAGGACGACGCCGAUUUCACGGCGCUUUUACAGGUGGCUUUACUGCUGGUUACUUCAAUACUGUAGGAUCAAAAGAAGGUUGGGAACCAACAAACUAUGUCUCUUCACGAUCGGCUAGAGGUGAACGAAGAGAAGCCAGACUAGAAGACUUUAUGGAUGAGGAAGAUCUUGAGGAUAUGGCCAAUGCUCGUAAAAUAGUAGCAACUGAGGAAUUUGAUAUUUUAGGCGGUACAGAAAGAGAAUUGGCAGCACGUAAAAAACAACAACAGGAAGAGAGCGAUAGAGGAGGUGCCAUGAGUAUCAUUGGUUCCAGCCUCAUGGAUAUGUUUGGCCCACCAAAAGAUUCUGUGGGAGUAAAAAUUUUAAUCAAGAUGGGUUGGAGACCGGGGCAGGGAAUUGGCCCUCGUGUUAAAAGACUUUCUACAGCAAUGGACGAUGAGGACGAGGAUGAGGCACUAGCUAAUGAUAUAACCUUUGCGCCUCACGAUACGCCUAUCGAAAACUAUCAGCCUAAGAGGGAUACUUAUGGUCUUGGUUUUGACAUUAUGAACGCCGCGCCAGAAGUGGCAGAAAUGAAACGUUUACGUGAACUUGCUAGAAAAGAGGAAAUGGACGGUACAGCUUCUAACAAAAGGAACCGGUCCGCUUUUGGUGUUCUAGAAAAGAGUGGAAGUAAAAGUGAGGCUUUCGGCUUAGGUGCUUUCGAAGCUGAUGACGACGAUGAAGAUAUUUAUAAGGACGAUUUUAAAGCGAGUAAUUAUCAUAGUUCCUUAUUUGAGGAUGAAGGGAGCAUGACUACCGAUGAGCUGAAACGAUUAAAGCGCCAGAAACGAGAGAAUUAUGUCGAAGACACAAGGAGUAACAUUAAAUGCUCAGACGGGCGACUUCCUCUGAAAGGAUUUCAUGUAUCCGAGAAAAACCAGCACUUAGGUAAAUGGUACCCACUACCGCAGGUACCUGUCGAUUUCAAUGAAGUACACAUCCCAACCACGACUGAUAAAGACGGAAAAAUAACGAAGAUUUCAAGUGAUAAUAUUUUUUCGUUUGAAGAACGAAGACAUGCUCUUGGUGAAAAACCAAUUGAACAACGAUCAGUGUUUGAUUAUAUACCACAGCAUUCUAAGGACAAACUGGAUCGCGCUAUAAGCUGGUUCCUCGAUAGCGGUAAAGACAAAUCGCAAUUAUCAGAUUUUGCCCAAGUCCCUAAAGAUGUAGCUCAGUUAGCCUUGAAAGGCUUUAUACCAUUUGGAGACAAUCCCGUAAAACAAGCACGAUACAAGAGUUACUUACAAAACCAAGCGGGGCUUCUUACGCCAGAUGGAGUAUCUAAAACAGUGCUUCCUAUUCCUGAAGGAAUGACCUACGAAACAGGAAUGAAGGAACUUGAGGAAUUUGCCAAAGCGGCACGAAUUUUCAAACCGCUUAGUGCUAUGAUGAGUGGAAGGUUCACUUCAGCGUCAAACCCGUCGAAGAUUGAAGUUAUCAAUUUCGAAGGAGGGCUUAAGACGGAAGCAGAGUACCGUAAAGAGAAAGAGCAGAAGGCAAAAGCAAUCGCAGAACCAGAGGCGAAGCCUAGCCAAGAAGCCGAAGCUGCUGCUUUAAAAAUGUUUGGUAAUCUGACUCGUACAGUCAAGCCAUUCUACCCGAACAGACUUGUUUGCAAACGGUUUAACGUGCGUAAUCCUCAUCCAGACCACAAUCCAGCGGACGAAAAAAGUGCAGGACGUACGCAGGCAGGAUCAAGAGAUGUUUUAAACAAAGAUUCUAUUAAACUGAUGAUAAAUGAGCGUAUGCCUUUAAAUUUUACGUCUUCUACGACUAUUGAAACCUCUACGCCUGUAGCUCACGACAAUGAUCCCUUAAUGGGAGCCGUUAUACCAAAACCAUCGGAUAGACAAACAGCCAACGAGAAUAUCAAAGCACCUGUUACAGGUGUUAACUUGACCGAAACAAACACGAUUGAAGAAGAUGAAAACACCGUGACAGCAAUGGAUUAUGAAAGACCCUCAAUGGACAUCUUCAAAGCUAUAUUUGAAAAUUCUGAUACUGAAGAAGAGGACAACGAUGCCGAAACUGAGGAUGCAGUAACGACAGCAAAGGAUAAAGAAAAAGCUGAAACAGAUACAAAUAGUGAUAGAGAGGUCUUAAUUGGCCCUCCACCGCCCCCGUUACCACCUUCAGCCUUGAAGGCUUCGGACAACUCACAAACGACUAACAAUACCGAGACUAAUCCAAUGUUCCGGCCGAUGUUUAAAAGACGUCAAGAAAGACAAGGGGAGUAUUCCACGCCAUUAACGAAUAUUAUUUCUGAAGAAGUCGUUAUACAGCCAUUUAAGUCACGAGUAAGCGGCAAUAAACGGCGUCAUGUUCAUGUUUCUGAAGACGACAGCGAUAAUGAAGUAGAAGAUAUAUCUGACAAAAAACGAGCAGAAAAGACGAAAUCAGAACAAAGUCCACAUCGGUCCGACUCUACAAGGCACCGUCAUCAUAAGAGUGGUAGUUCAAGGCAAAGGGAUCGAUCUAAGGAUAGAGACAAAACUAAAAGUAGAAGUAGGAAUCGAGAUAAGGAUGAUCAUAAAAGUAGAAAAAGGAGUAGAAGCCGUGAAAGACAUUCACGACAUCGCAGUCAUCGACAUAAAGAUAAGCACAGUAAAAAAUCCUCUAAAAGCAAAGAGGUCGACUUGUACGAUUUAGAAGAUAUGUGGGUUGAAAAAGAGCCGGUGUUCACAGAUGAUACCAGUACGAAAGGCAAAAGACUGACAGCUGCAGAUAUGUGGUGA